AAGUUUCCUUGGUAACAGCUGCAAAAUUUCUACACUUUCUGGAUAAGCUGAUUCAAAGUGUAUUUAGUACAAUAUGGGUGCAUCAAACUCAGGAUUUUUUAGCUUUAAUAAACAAAAAAUAUAUAGGUGUAGAGGAUGCAGGCAUUUUGCGUUAUAAUUUAUCAUCCAUAGAUACCGGGCCUUUGACACGAGCUUUAGAAUCUCAACUAGUUACUACACAACUUUUUUCAUUUUCUUCUAUACGACACUUCUUAGGUUCAAGUUCAUCACUAGUUUACCCUAUCUUUAAUGAACCCACUAUUAUUUCUAAAUCUUCUUCACAUUCUUGCGCAUUAUCGAGGGCGUCUUUAAUUA